GCAGGUGUCCCUGAACGCUCCAGGCGGAUGUGAGCGAUGACGUCCUGCGGAAGUAAACAACCCGCAGCUGACGUGGAGCAGUCGAGCCGCGGAUCAACCGGAUCGAGCGGAUUCAGAGACACGUUCGUCGUUUCCGUGUCUGUGUCGCGGCAUUUGAAGUUCAACUGAUCCCGUCGGUGUCGUCCGGACUCCCGCAGUAGCCGACGGUCCGCGGUAGUCGCCCCCCCCCCUCCCUGUUCGGUAAGAUGGCGGACGAGGCCAGCAGGCCGUUCGCCGGGCUGUCCGACGUGUCCAUCUCGGAGGACAUCCCGGUGGAGGGGGACAUCUCGGUGCCCAUCUCCUCCGCCCGCCGCGACGACGAGUACUCCACGCUGGACGAGCCGGUGAAGGAGACCAUCCUGCGGGACCUGCGGGCGGUGGGCAACAAGUUCGUCCACGUGCUGUACCCGCAGCGCAGCUCGGCGCUGCUGCGGGACUGGGACCUGUGGGGCCCGCUGCUGCUCUGCGUGACGCUGGCGCUGCUGCUGCAGGGCGGCGCGGCCGACAGCGACGAGCAGGGCGGGCCGCAGUUCGCAGAGGUCUUCGUCAUCAUCUGGUUUGGCUCCAUCAUCAUCACCCUCAACUCCAAGCUGCUGGGCGGCACCAUCUCCUUCUUCCAGAGCCUGUGCGUGUUGGGAUACUGCAUCCUGCCGCUGACCGUGGCCAUGGCCGUGUGCCGGAUCGUGCUGAUCGGAGGUUCGGGGACGGUCGGCUUCGCCGUGCGCCUGGCGGUGGUGGCGGCGUCCUUCGGCUGGUCCACCUUCGCGUCCACGGCCUUCCUCGUCGACAGCCAGCCUCCCAACCGCAAGGCGCUGGUGGUGUAUCCAGUGUUCCUCUUCUACUUCGUGAUCGGGUGGAUGAUCCUGACGUUCUCGCCCUCGCAGUAGCGGAGGAACUGAAGGAGGGUUUCGAGCAGAACGGACAAAGACGAGGGAGGUUUUUUUUUUAUCGUAGUGACGCGAAGACACCAGGAUCUGCCUUUGAACGAACCACUGAGGAGACUUGUGAGUUUUCCUGAGCUUAGCGGGACGCUAACGUGAUUCCUUUAGGAGCAGCGGUGGCUCCGAUUCAGAGAUGUCGGGUCGGCCGACAACGUUGGUGCAUGAAAAAGCGUUGAAUGUUCGGAUUCUCCCUAAAGCUGUGUAAAAUAAAAUCCAUAAGCUUUGUAAAUAGAAACGCUCUAUGAAUGUUUUCCAGGGCUACGAUUAUUUUUCUCCUCCCCGUCAACUCUGGGUUUUUGAACGUUUACGUCUACGCACUACAUUCUUUAGCCGCAGCUCUUGCGCAGUUUAACCACGAAAUUUUGGAGUUGUUGUUGUUAUUGAGGAAUUCCAGGAAACUGUCGCCUGAAGCUUCCUGCUCAUUGUUUUUUUUUGUUAGGGGCCAUUUUUGUUUUCAUGGGACAGAUGACGGGGGAUGUGGGGACGGAGAGGUGAUCCCAACCAGGGACGUCUGUCUUGGGACAAUCACUUUCAGACUGUUAACGUGCUGCCGUGGUAACGUGGAGGUUCGUUCUCCCCAACGGGUUUUGAAGGGAAUUCUGGGAAAUGUAGGAAAUCAGAAAGUGAGGUAGAUGCGAAAUCGAAGAUCUUUGUCCACAAAUUUAGUAAUCUGACUGUGACUAACCUACUCGACUAACCCUUAAACUUUGACCCCCCCCCCCUGUCAUUUCUGUUUUUCUCAAAUCACUGACAAUUAUCUGUUCUCUUAAUUUAUAUGUAUUAACUUACAACAACAAAUGGGGAAAAAAGAUUAAAAUAUAUUUGAUCAGCGAU